AGCACAAAACAGGAAACGGGAAGCAGCUGUUAAACAGAAGACUUGAAGUUGUGUGACAUCCGAGAGUGAACAGUGCUGCCGACAGGGAAACAUUUACAUAUCAUAUAAUUAUAACAAUAAUUAAUAACACAGUUGUAUGAAAUGAAGGGCGCGCUGGAGCUGCAGCACCGGGUGUGCGCGCAUCCGGACUCACGCUGCUGGUACGUCGCGUGGAAUCCCGCGGGCACGACGCUCGCGACCUGCGGCGGAGACCGCGCGAUAAGAAUAUGGGGCAAAGAAGGAGACAGUUGGGAAUGUAAGUGUGUCCUUUCUGAUGGACACCAGCGCACGGUCAGAAAAGUAGCCUGGUCUCCCUGUGGAAAAUACCUGGCAUCAGCCAGCUUUGAUGCCACGACAUGCAUCUGGAAGAAGACGAAUGAGGAUUUUGAGUGCCUGACGGUGUUAGAAGGUCAUGAGAAUGAGGUGAAAUGUGUCGCUUGGGCGCCAUCUGGAAGCUUACUGGCCACCUGCAGCAGAGACAAAAGCGUUUGGAUUUGGGAAGUGGAUGAGGAGGACGAAUAUGAGUGUUUAAGUGUUGUGAAUUCACACACGCAGGAUGUAAAACAUGUCGUCUGGCACCCGACGCAGGAGCUUCUCGCAUCAGCCAGUUACGACAACAAGAUCUGUAUUUAUAAAGAGGAAGAUGAUGACUGGGAAUGCAGAGCCACGUUAGAAGGACAUGAAUCCACAGUCUGGAGUUUGACAUUUGACCCUGAGGGACAGAGAUUGGCUUCUUGUAGUGACGAUCGAACCGUAAAGAUCUGGAAAGAGUCGACAACCGGAGAUGGUUCUUCAGAUGAGUCCUGGAAGUGCAUAUGCACCUUGUCUGGAUUCCAUGGGAGAACGAUAUAUGAUGUGGCAUGGUGUCGUCUGACCGGUGCUUUGGCCACAGCGUGUGGUGAUGAUGGAGUGCGUGUGUUCAGUGAAGACCCCACUGCUGACCCAGAGCAGCCCAUAUUCGCCCUGUCAGCCCACGUGCCCAAAGCCCACAAUCAGGACGUCAACUGCGUGUCCUGGAACCCGAAAGAAGCAGGACUUCUAGCAACAUGCAGCGACAACGGAGAGUUCGCCAUCUGGAAAUACAACUCUGCCUGAGCCGGUGAAUGACGCUGAAUCAGAUAGAAAGCACUGAAUUGGGGGUAGUUCACACAAAAAUGUAAAGUCUCUAUUCUCUUUCGUCUGAAAAAGCUAACAAAAACUGUAGCUGUUGACAUCCAUAAUAGGAAAGACAUAUACUAUGGAAGUCAAUGGUUACAGGUUUUCAGCAUUCUUCAAAAUAUCUUCUUUUGUGUUUAACAAAAGACAGAAUAUCAAACAGGUUUGGAAUAAGUGAAGGGUGAGUAAAUGUUGGCAGAAUGUUUAUUUCUGGGUGAACUAUCCCUGUAAACUGGUCAUAAUGUGGAACAAUAGCUGUUUUAUUCUCACUUGAGUACUGAAAUUGUGUGCUGAGGACAGCACUGGUCAAAACGACAGUACACUUUUUAUUAAAAACAAAUUUAUCUGUAAGACUUUUUGAUGGGUCAGAAUUUCUUAACCAUAUUGAUAUACUUCAGUUUUGUCUGUAGCUUAAAAUACCUUCAGGGCUUUACUUGAAUAAAGCCUGUUGAAGAUAAAAAGCAA